UUUCGAAUCAUCAGGCGACCUCAGAUAUCCCUUUCCCCUGGAAACUGUAGUUGCACCCCGACAACACCAGGUGCAAGUCUCUGCUCCUAGUUGUUCAGGGAAAUCAGCAAUUUUGUGGAGCGUACAUUGGCAAUGGAUGCCCAUCAGAAGCCUGACGUUCGCGACGAUGACGCAACCGAGGUAGCCAAGCCACAACAUGACAUCACUACUGAGAAUACAUAUGCGAUGCCAGAGCUAAUGGCUGCUGCUAGUCAAACUCUUACUGGUGAUGAUAAACUCCAGCAAGAGGAAUUGCAUCUAGAAUCCGCAAACAGUGAUGCAACGAGAUCACAACAUGUAUCUGAAUAUCUGCAGGUGAUGGAGCAGGGCCCGAUCCCGAAUGAACUGGACAGUGUUUCAUUUGAUGUGUUGCAAGGUACAUUAUUGCCAAUGUUGUCAAUUCUGGACAUCUUUCAGCUGUGUGGAGUUUCGAGGAAUGUUAAGAAGCUGCUGCUCAAUGAGUACACGUUUAAGCAUCUAUGCCAGAAGCGGUAUCAUCUCAGUCCUUACUUGGAAAUGUCGUAUAUUCGAGCUGCACGAAUUCUCUACAUAGCAGGCAGUGUGGCUAGCCUGCAUCAUAGCCUGUGGGAUAGCAUAAAAGAUUUCGUUGUCGAAAGAGCUAAUCGCUGGGUUUUCGACCGUAAGUAUAUAUUGCUCAAGCAAUUAAGGAGUCUGGCGUUGAUGGCGCCUCCAACUACCGGUGAAUUCACAAGCUGGACCUUCUCUUGUUUACAGAGUGAUCUGAUCCAUGUAGACUUAUUCCUCGUAGCUGAAGCUUGUGACAUUCUUCCCAACCUUUCGCCUGGGUUGUUUCAGGACAAAAGGACAGACUCAUCUGAUGGAGAUGCAGACAUGAAUGUGUAUAGAAUAGAAGACGUGACGACCUGGUUACAAGAUAUAUGUGGCUCUACUGAAGAGUGCCAAGAAGCUAUGAUCGAACAUUUUCAACAGGAUAUCCCAAAGCUGGUAUUAUGUUUACCCUACGUGAACCGUUCCAGGAGGCUUGUUGAUGUUGCACAAUGUUUUUACAGUAUUGCAAUUCACGACACAAGAUUAUUGGCAGCCCUGAGCACGGUAUGUCCCUACUUUUGUGAAUAUGGUCUGGAGCGAAUCAUUCCUAGAUGGACGUUUAAUCCCUUCGUUCAUUGGGAUUUCGUCAGUAAGAACAAGUGUGCUGAACACGAGGCUGCGAUUUCAACAAAUCAUUGGAUACACGCCGUCGGGCAGUUCGCAACCAAACAUUCUGUUGUCAAGCUCCUGAUAAUGGGAAGCAUGCGGACGGUUCCUAUCGAGGAUUAUUUCAUGGCUGUCAUGGAGUAUGAAGACUUCUUGAAGGGAUUGCCAAAGUCCAGUAUCCCUGAUCGUGCAACUCUCUACCUACAUUUGGGAAGUUACCUACAACCUGCCUUACAAGGAACACAUUCUAGGAAGGAAUGGACAGCAGACGAAUUGUUCAAAGCCAUGGUGGAUUAUGGCAAGGUGCUGGCUACGAAAAGUCUCGAAACGGCGUGA